AUGGACUUCAUCGAAAAUAACAUCUUCAUCAACUAUCGCUCAUUUCUACUCUUCUGCGGUAUGUGGCCGUACGACGAGUCAGUAACAAAACUGAUUCAAAGGAUUCUGUGCUCGAUGAAUAUUGUAUUCUUCUUUCUGUUACAGAUCAUCACAAUAUUCACCUCGGAAGUGUUUCUCGAUUUAUUAAUUAUGUUAGCUCCAGUCAUAUUUCUUGAGUUACCAAUAAUAGUGAAGGUUCAUUUAUGUUGGAUAAAAGACAAUUAUUAUAAGGAGUGUUUCGAGCACAUGAGGAUUGAUUGGAGCAGUUUGAAAAACGUUGAGGAAUUACCACUGAAACAAGCGUACGAAGAGUUUAUAUUCUAUUCUAAAUUUCUUUUCUUCUUCGUCUACGCGCCAAGUGUUUCGAUUAUGAUAUUCCUAUUUUUUCCAAAAAUUACUGCUUUCGAUGUUCCUUUCAACCAUUCACGAUCUAACGAUUUCAUUCUGCCAAUCGAAUAUUUCGUCGAUUAUAACAAAUACUACUAUCCUGUCAUAAUUCAUGUAAGUCUGUCAGCUUUGCUAUUAUCAACUGUACAGUGUGGGGUCGAUCUCUUAAAUUGGAUAAUACUAUUGCAUAUGAUGGGAAUAUUCCAUCUACUUGGGUAUUUGAUGGAACAUCUAUUCGAUAAGCCAGAAAAUACCAAUAAUAACAUUGACUUGAAUAAGAUUUAUUACGGAAGACUAGUUCAUAUUAUAGAUUUACACAAAAGGAACAUAAAACUGGGCGACGUGUUCAUGCGAUGCAUGCUCGAGUCCGGAAUAAUUCAAAUAAUUCUGGCUAUACUCUGUAUUACUAGCAUAUUGUUGAAAAUUCUACUGAUGCCACAAAAAGUACAUGACAGCAGUAGCGACAUGUUCAUCAAAAUCUACUGUGGACAUUGGUACAUGGCUCCAAUAAAAUCUCAAAAAUUGUUGCUAAUUCCAAUGCAGAGAUAUAUGAAACCAUAUAAGUUCCAAUUCAAAACUUUAAUAAUCGCGUAUAGCCAAACAUUCGCAAAGAUGAUGCAAGCUAGUUUCUCGUACUUCGCGGUCUUAUAUUCUUUACAAGAUUAGUACUGAGGUUGAACGUUUAUUAAUUGUUCACUGAAUCAAAUUUCAACGUAACGUCGUACAAUAUGGUGGGGUAAUAGAAUGGGUUAGGUACGCUAUGUUACGGGAACACUGUUAUGAAGAUUUAUCAUUAAACAUAUUUAACCAAUCAAUUAGAUUCUAUUAUGUAAGCUGAUCAUACACAUAUUGAUAAUAUGUAUCGAUAGCACGUAUCGAUCGCUUAGGUCGUUACCACGAGUUUAUAACAAAUAACGUGUUUAUAACUAAUUAAUUAAUAUAAAAAAUUAAUUAUAUAUUA